AUGCGAGCAAUAGCGCUUACAUUCGUUCAGGCUCUUUGUUCCGGCUCAUUUGGGGUAGGCGUUGGCUCGAUGGCUGCUCGAGGUGUUCCCAAGUUUGCCAAUCGCAAAAGUGCAGUGUCGCCAGCGGAAAAGUGCGGCGCAAGGACGGCAACUUCACGCCCGUCAGCAGAUGAUGCCUCCCUGUGUUUGGUUUGGCCUGCCACUAGCUGUGCUCCAGCGAAGCCGAGGAACGCAGAGGCCCAACACAUCCCUGCAAGGCAUGUUAGCCUGCAAAGAGAGAAGCCUGGGCUGCUUGACAAGGUAGCUUGA